UGUGUGUGACUGUGUGGGGAGAGAAAAAUAAUGCUCUUUUUGAGAUCUGAAAGAGAACAAAAUAUAAACAAGGAACAGAACAAAACCAGGCCAGAAAGGUGAGGUCUUUUUAUGUGACCAUGGAGCUUGUUACCUCAGGAGAGAUUCUUUUGUAGGAGUAGGUCGUGCUGCUGCUGCUGCCAAAGAAUCGUACUACGAGAACUCACAGAUUCUGGAAAAGCCUCCUAUCAUCAAACCGGUUACCAGUAGAAGAAAGAGAGACACCUAUUCUGAAUCUGGUUUCGUCAUGAAAAGUGUGUUUUCCUCCUGUCCUUCGUCUUAGCGAGUCUAAAGCUGCUGAUUUGGGCUGUGGGUUCUUCAAUUCUGCGUGAACGGGGUGCUUGGGACCAAAGUUUCUGAAGCAGUGAGUGACGGGAUUGGAAGCCGGGAAUUCCAUAGUUCUUCGCUUUCAAACAGUGAACACUAAGAUUUGAUUGAACAGUGCGAGCAAUUACUCGGCUCAUUUUCGUCCUCUUCGUUUUGAGAAAGUCUCCUUCGCAAACAAUGAAGGAAGAAGCUGAGAAAAGCUUGGAUCCACAACUAUGGCACGCGUGCGCCGGAGGUAUGGUUCAGAUGCCAGCUCUGAACUCCAAAGUCUUCUACUUUCCUCAAGGCCACGCCGAGCACGCCCAGGCCGGCGUCGAUUUUGCGGCCUCCUUGAGGAUUCCACCACUCAUUCCCUGCCGCGUGGUGGCCGUGAAAUUCCUCGCAGACCCAGAAACCGACGAGGUCUUUGCCAAGAUCAAGUUGACUCCUUUGAGAAACUCCGAGCUUGAUGACGGCGACGGCGACGAAAAUACUCACGGCUCUGAAAAUUCGGAGAAGCCCGCGUCUUUUGCCAAGACCUUAACCCAGUCCGAUGCUAACAAUGGUGGAGGCUUCUCUGUCCCGAGAUACUGCGCAGAGACCAUAUUCCCACGGCUCGAUUACUCGGCGGAGCCCCCGGUCCAAACCGUGAUUGCGAAGGACGUCCACGGGGAAAUUUGGAAGUUCAGGCAUAUCUACAGAGGGACACCCCGUCGUCACUUGUUGACAACAGGGUGGAGUACUUUCGUCAACCAGAAGAAACUCGUAGCAGGGGACUCUGUCGUGUUCCUGAGGGCCGAAAAUGGCGAUCUCUGUGUGGGGAUUCGCCGUGCAAAGCGUGGGAUCGGCGUUGGAUCCGACGGCAUCUCCGGUUGGAGCUCUGGUGCGGGGAACUGUGUGGGACCUUAUGGGGCUCUCAGUGUGCUGUUAAGAGAGGAGAACAAGCUUAUACGAAAUAAUUCGAAUGGUGGGAAUUCAAAUCCUGGGAGAGGAAGAGUGAGACCAGAAUCUGUGAUGGAAGCCGUGACACUUGCUGCGAGUGGUCAGGCAUUCGAGGUUGUUUAUUACCCGCGAGCAAGUACUCCUGAGUUCUGUGUUAAGGCUGAGGCUGUCAAGGCAGCCAUGAGAAUUCAAUGGUGUUCUGGGAUGAGGUUCAAGAUGGCCUUCGAGACUGAGGAUUCUUCCAGGAUUAGCUGGUUCAUGGGCACUGUUGCUUCUGUUCAAGUUGUUGAUGCUAUUCGCUGGCCCAAUUCUCCUUGGAGACUUCUUCAGGUUACUUGGGACGAGCCAGAUUUGUUACAGAAUGUGAAGAGGGUUAGUCCAUGGUUGGUUGAACUGGUAUCGAACAGACCGGUCAUCCCUCUCAUGCCGUUCUCUCCUCCUCGGAAGAAGAUGCGGCUUCCUCAACACCCAGACUUCCCCUUUGAGGGUCACUUCACGAUUCCGACGUUUCCCGGCGGCAACCCCCUCGGGCCCAGCAGCCCCUUGUGUUGUCUUUCCGAUAAUGCUCCUGCAGGCAUACAGGGAGCCAGGCAUGCUCAAUUCGGAAUAUCUCUUUCAGAUCUCCACCUAAGCAAUAAAUUGCAGUUGGGGCUGCUUUCAAAUAACAUCCAGCAGCUUGAUGUGCAUCACCCUGGGAUUUCUAAUGGCCAUAUAAUGAUGAGCCAUGACAAGAAAAAUGAGAGCUUGUCAUGCUUGCUUACCAUGGGAAAUUCUAACAAGAGUUUGGAGAAAUCUGAUAAUGCGAAGAGACACCAGUUUCUGCUUUUUGGACAGCCAAUACUGACUGAGCAACAAAUUUCUCAGAGCUGUCAUGCUGAAGUGUGGUCUCAGAACUUUUCGCGCAAGAAUUUGCCAGACGAAUGUAAGGAUAAAGCAAAGAGCUUCUUGGGUGGAUCCCAAUCCGGGGUUUCGCAGCCAGGAUUAUCUUCUACGACCGACUUCUCUUGGCAACUUGGCUUGGAUACGGGUCAUUGCAAGGUUUUCAUGGAGUCAGAAGACGUGGGGCGCACUCUAGACCUUUCAUCUCUCAGCUCUUAUGAAGAGCUGUACCGGAAACUGGCCGACAUGUUCGGGCUCGAAAGAUCUGAGAUGUUGAGCCGUGUGCUCUACCGAGAUGCUUCUGGUGCUGUCAAACGAACUGGAGAAGAACCCUUCAGUGACUUCAUGAAAACUGCCAAAAGAUUGACAAUUUUGACAGAUUCGGGGAGCAAAGAUAUAAGGAGGGCGUGGAUGACAGGAUCUCGAAAUGGAGAUCAUGGACUGGACGCAUCAAACAAGACAGGCUUUCUGAGCAUAUUUGCCUAAAAUAUGACGUGGCGUGUCCCAAGUUCGCACAUUUGACUCCUAAGUUGUGUAUUAGAAUGUUUGCUUUCUUCAUCAUAUGAACUAAAAGCUAUUGUCAACCACGGCAUCUCUUUAAGUGUAAUCUGUGUCAAUAAUGAUGCCUCUAUUCGGCUAAACUGUUUGUUGUAAUAUUAACCCAAGCCUACCUUUUCUUUUACCUGAACCUGGCUGUGUGUAUCGUCAAAGAGCUACCAGUUCCUGUAAUAUAUUGACUUGGGUUUUGAAGGUUGAGACAGAUAUUAAUGUUAAAUUGUUGUUCGAGUCCUUGUUUU